AUGAUCCACCUCGUCCGAAGGACAUUUUGCAUCCGAGGUGUGCCCCUAGACUGGGACGUUGACCAUUUGCGAUCAUUCCUGGUAGACCAGGAUAGCUCCGCAGGCCCAAUCGUCAGAUCUCUCUUUCCCGACAUCGACGGUCGUUCCCACACUGGUACCGUAACUUUCCAAAGUAUCACCUAUGGGACACUGCCGAAGUUGUCCGAGAACAACCUUAAGCUUGACGAUGGUUUCCUCGGCGUUACUACACUCUUCACCCCGCUGGCGGAUGAUCACAAAAUCAAUGUUAUUGCAAUAUCGGGCCUUGGUGGCCAUGCUUUCGGGUCGUUCAAACACAGGCAUAGCGACUUCAUGUGGUUACGAGACUCUCUCCCAUACGAUCUUACCCUGGAAGGCACAAACCGUCCGAUGGCGCGAGUGAUGACCUACGGCUACGAAUCGACUGUGGCGCACAGUAAGAGCAUGCAGAACUUGGAGGACCUCGCAACGCAGUUUCACGGCAGCUUGCUUUCAAUAGCUCGUACUUCGAUGACCAGACCAAUCGUCUUUGUCGCCCACAGCCUAGGAGGGCUGAUCGUCAAGCAGACCCUAAUCACAUUAUCGAGGUCGAAGAGGGAGGAUGACGAGAGACUUAUUCGCGCAGUAUAUGGAAUUGUCUUCUUCGGAGUGCCGCAUGACGGCAUGGAUAUCAGCGCGCUCAUUCCUAUGGUUGGGGACGGCCCAAAUCGCUUCCUUAUCGAGUCCAUCGGCCGGAUUAAUUCGCAGAUCCUCAGCAUCCAACAGCGGGAAUUUUAUAAAGCGUUAGGUGAGGAAGGCGACUCCGAGAUUAUCUGCUUCUACGAAACGGUCCAGUCGCCAACGGCCCAACAAGACGAAGCUGGUAACUGGACGAUGACCGGACCACCGGCAGUCCUAGUCACAAAGUUCUCUGCUACGCAUUGCCGACCGUGGGAAGUCGGCCCAGAGCAUAUCUGUGCCGUAACUCGCACGCACUCCAACAUGGUCAAAUUUGAGCGCCACGACCACGAGUAUAUCAAUGCUCGUGAGCGGCUCGUGGGCAUCUCUCGACGGGCGCUGACGGCACGGCACCGGAUUCGAGCCUUAAACGCAAAGUGUAUGUAG